GUGUUGAACUCCCCCAACGAGUGCGGUCAAGUACUUGCCCUGCAAUGUUCAGUAACGCGCUUUCUUUAAGUGUCGCGUAGUAAACAAUCUUUAAUGGCAUGAAAUCCUUCAACAGGCGUCUGUCCUGCAAACCUAUCGGUUGUGAAGAUUUGCUUUGAUUUAUGAAAAGGCUUCGCGGUUCAGGCAUUUCGACAUAUGAUUGGAUGUAUAGGCUUUACUGUGCGGCACUUGAUGAAACAAUAGACACAAGUUACUUCUCAGGAUCUGAAUGAUGCUCGUUCAGUGACAUUUCUGCAGUCCCUCCAAAUACACAAUUUCGGAUUGUUGGGGAGACUCUGCGUUUGAGCUUUCAGCGAUGGACGGCAUCGGGAACACCAUGCAGAAGAAGGCGGCUGAGCUCGAGCGCAUGGCCGAAGUCCUCGUUACAGGAGAACAGUUACGGCUGCGUCUCCAUGAGGGUAAAGUGAUCAAAGACAGGAGGCAUCAUCUCCGCACCUAUCCAAACUGCUUUGUGGCCAAGGAGAUUAUCGAUUGGCUGAUUGAGCACAAAGAAGCAUCUGAAAGAGAAACGGCCAUCAAGAUCAUGCAGAAACUUCUCGACCAGAGCAUCAUUCACCAUGUCUGUGAUGAGCACAAGGAGUUCAAAGAUAUGAAGCUGUUCUACCGUUUCAGGAAGGAUGAUGGAACCUUUCCACUCGAUAAUGAAGCCAAAGUUUUCAUGAGAGGCCAACGUAUAUAUGAAAAGUUGAUGAACACUGAAAACACAAUGUUACAAGCACGUGAUGAGGACGGGGUGACUUACGAGCGGACGCUAGUGGCAUCAGAGUUUACAGACUGGCUGCUGCAGGAGGGUGAAACGGAUACGAGGGAGGAGACUGAGCAGUUAGGACGCAGACUUCUGGAGCAUGGCAUCAUUCAGCAUGUUUCUAACAAGCAUCACUUUAUGGACGGCGGACUGCUUUAUCAGUUCAGGAUGAAUUUUCGUCGGCGGCGGCGAUUGAUGGAGCUCUUGAACGAGCGCUGGCGUAGCAUCCCAGAGAACCAAGACAGCCCUUUCUGUCUGCGCAAACAGGCCUCCGAGGGGGGAAACACCAGCUUCCUUUCAGUGAGCCCCACCAAAGAGAUCAAGUUGGUGACUGCAGUGAGGCGGAGCAGCUUGAGCAGCAGCUGUGGCAGCAUCGGUUACUAUAGCAGCAGCCCCACCCUCAGCAGCAGCCCCCCUGUGCUCUGCAACCCAAAAUCUGUACUGAAGAGACAAGUGAGCCCAGAUGAACUGCAGGCGCCUGGUGGACAUUUCAUAAAGAAAACAUUCACAAUUAUGGGAGAUGCAGUGGGCUGGGGGUUUGUGGUGAGAGGAAGUAAACCCUGUCACAUUCAGGCAGUGGACCCCGGGGGUCCGGCUGCAGCCGUGGGAAUGAAGGUGCGUCAGUUUGUGGUGUCAGUUAAUGGACUGAACGUGCUCAAUCUGGACUACAGGACUGUCAGUAACCUCAUCCUUACUGGUCCCAGAACAGUGGUUAUGGAAGUUAUGGAAGAAGCAGAAUACUGAAGAUAAGAUUGGAGUCUUUCAAGUCAUUCUUUCUGUUGGAGAGACUAAAUGUUCAGAGAACGGACCUCCUGGUUCUACUCUUUAUUUUAAUCCAGACCAUUAGGGUAAAGAGCAUGACACUAAUCCAUGUUUUGAAAUGUGUGCCUCCCAUUGGCUCUUCAUUGACUGUUACUAGUCCACAUAUGCCGAGACUGUAACUAGACAUAAUCUGCGAGAUCAUAUGAGCAACUGCCAAAUAUAAUGUUCUAGCAGAUAGAACUGUAGCAGGUGAAACCGUUAGAACACAUGCUAAUGUGUUUGUGCCAUUCAGGAGAGAGCAGAAUACAUUGCUCUAUGAGACUUUCUUCAUUUAAAGUUUUAGAGGUGUUGUGAUACGUGUGCAGCACUUGCUGCUUCAGGUUUAUUAUUGAUCACAUAAUCUUAAUAUAGAUAUAUUUGAAUAACUACCUUAUAUUCCUAUUAAGCACACCCACACAACCAUUUAUAUGCAGGGGAAGACCAACAACAGCACUUAAAGAAUCUGUUCUUUAGCUUAAACGUAAAAGGGAGUGUUUAAAUGGUAACGCACAUCCAAAAGAUAGUGUUGUGUUGUGUCUCAGUCCUUGUUUUACAGGAAGCCUACAAGUAUCUUGUAAAAAUAACUAGUUUUGAUUUUCUUUGUGUUUUGUCUAUAUGCCCAUUAGGCAACAAGAAAGCAAUCAAGUAGUUAUCUGCAUAAUGUUAUUAUUAUACUGUAUCACAAAAUAACUUGUGAAUAAGUUCCUGUUUUAACAGCGAUUAUCAUGGAUAAAAGAAAAGCCACGUAGUGUGUUUAUAUAAAAAGCAAUUAAUGAGACAAUGCAAUAGUUGCAAAGCUAUGUAGCUAGUUUAAGAAAAACAUCUGUAACACUAUAGAAGAAUUAUUAGACUAAUUGGAUACAAUAGUCCUGUAAUGUGUGUUAAGAACGUCUAUGCAUGGAUUGUGAAGGAAUCAAGACAAUGUUUAACUUCAGUAGUGUGUUAUUCAUCAUGACACAUUUAAAAGUGAAAGUUGUAAAUGUGCUUGUUUAACUCAUAUCAAUACAACACUCAUUCCCUGUAUUUCUUAUUGCAGAAUCAUGCUAUCUUUAUGGGACGGUUGUUUCACGGAACAACUUUUUCUUAUGAUUAUACAGUACGUUUUGUGUGUAGAUAAUAAGCACAACAAUAAGCUUGAAUCUUCUGCCUUAAUGACUCACAUUGUGCUGCUAAUUCUCAAGGCUGGUCUUGUAACAUCUUUACUAAUCGUACAGAACAUACCGUGGCUGUUUUAUUAGUGAAGAUAGAUUGUGGGAUGUUCUUGACAAUCAACAUUCUUUACUCUUGGUAGUCUGAUAAAUACUGGUGUAAACGUGUCACAUUUACCCUACCGGCAGAAUGCAAAAGAUUAUCUGAAAGGUCUGUUUUUAAUCACUUUUUAGUUAUUGAUUAAAUAAGGGAGAAUUUCGUCCAAAACUCACUUCAAUGCAACUGAGUUCAAUGCAUUUGUGUUUAUGUGUGUCUUUGUGCAAGGAGGAAACUGGUACCACGUCUGUAUUUCUUUGUGGAGCUCUAGAUGAUAAUAAUUGUCAAGUUGAUUAAUGUUUUAUUAAACACACUGAUUUUAUUUAAAGAA